AUGCUUGCAAUUUCAUGUUAUCAGGUUAUUCCUGAGGCAUUACUGAUUUUAUACAGAAGUGGAAUUUUUUCUAUCGACCACACAACCUUACAAUUAAAAAUUUGUCAAGCACAUAGAGACUUAUUAGGUAUACACUGGAGGAGGAAUAAACAUAGCUGUUGCUAUCCCAACCACAACGAGAAAAGCAAGGCAAAACCAGAUCGUGGUACAACUCCAUCUCUCUCUAAACAGUACUGGCUGAAAACACGUCAGACCAUCCCAGUAGGAUCAGGAUUAUGCAAGCAGUGUGUCACAGAGCUGAGAAAAGAUUUAUGUAGUGUAGCCAUAAAUUUUGAGAAAGAAAUAGAAAUCUUUUACCAAGUCCAAGAAAGUUCAGUUGACAUAAGAACAGGUUGCCUAACUGCAGCAAAAGACAAUGACUGCCAAGAUAUGGAAUUAGAAAAUGAUGCAUGUAUUUCUUCUCACUGCACAGGUGGUGAUUCAACUCAGCUUUCGUCCCAGUUUUCCCAGCAAUCUGAUUAUACACAAGCAAGCAGCCAAGACUGGAUGGAUGCUCAAUUGACUUCGAAAGAAAGGCUUAAUUCGGCUAUGAAAAUUCUGUCAAAAGAUUAUGAACCAUUAAAACAUCAGCUGUGUCUGUCAUGGUCCAGCAUAAGUAAAAGCUCAAAGUCUUAUUACCAAAAGAAAGCACAAGAGGCCAUCUUCCUUAUUUUGAACAUAAUAGCUCCUGGACAAGAAACUGUAUUGUUGAAUUCCAUCCAAACAAGGCCAAAAUAA